AUGAUGCUUGCCCUCGCCGGCCUGCUUACACUCUUCGUCACCUUCGUGUCGGCCACGCCGACAAUGAGGGCCCGCCAGAUUGGCGCUUCGUGCGCGGGCCUGGCUGAUGGUUCCACUGACUCACCAUCGUACAACUUCACUCUCGCAGCCUACAACCUGACGCUGCCCAAUGCUAACAGCACCGGCGCUCCGCUCGUCCUCGGUUGGGGACGACCGGUCACAAGUCCUGAGGCUAGCGAAUGGGCGAUUUCGACGUACGCUGCAUGGGGCUCGAACGAGUGGCCGUACUUCACCCUCUCGAACGGUGCGCUCUACCCCAUCCCUGGGCCCGACGAGACCGGAAUGGGCGCAUACGACUUCGAGAUCGCCUCUGGCGCCGAGGUAGCCUUCCUAGUCACCUACCAUGAGUCGAAUCCGCCGCUUGCCUUUAUCUACUGCGCUGCUGCGGGCGAUGACUCGGAGUACGCGAAGCUCGCGGUCAAUAACGACGCAGACAACUUUUCGCUGUGCCAGGCGACGACCUUGUGGUCUAAUGUUGUCCUCGCGUACGAGGCUAACACGAACAAUACUUACUACGAUUACAGUACUUGUUACCCUGUCCAGGUCAACAUCAUCCCGUAUGAGGCAUGA